AUGCCCGUAUGUUCAAUGGAUUUACGAGAAUCAAGGAAGUUUCCAGUAUGCCUAUCUCUCUUUAAUAUUAUCAUUGCUGCACGAGCCGUCUUCGUACAAUCAGGAAUUUUUGCCGAACAGGAAUGCCUAUUCGACUCGACACUACACUCCAAAUGGAAAGCAUGCAGUUGCGAAAAUCUUGACGGUGAGGGUAACAUCCACGUGAAAUGUCGCCGUCAACCGUGGACAAUUAUACCAACCAUUCCUUAUGAUAAUAGAUCACUUUUCUCUCAUAAUGAUACAGUUCAUAACAUUGUUGCAUUAACGGUUAUGCACAGUAAUGUGGCAUUUAUCAAUCAGGAUACAUUCAAACAUCACAAUAUCCAAAUUCUCGAUCUCACCGACAAUCACAUCGAAACAAUCAAUGUUAACGCUUUUCGCGGUCUUGAGAACAAACUUUAUCAACUAACAUUGAAUCAGAAUAGCUUGACGUCAAUACCAUCUUGGGCGAUGACAUAUCUUUACCAGCUGCGGUAUUUGCACUUGGUUCAUAAUAUGAUACCCGAAAUUAAAUCGAAUACAUUUGAUGAAACUCAACUCAAAAACCUUCAUUACUUACACCUCGACUAUAAUCAGAUAAGUAUGCUACCAAAAAAAUCGCUUCUACGACUUCCACUGCAAGUGCUGACGCUUUCAAAUAAUCGGAUCACUGAGAUUGAAAAACUGGCACUACCGACGACAGUAUGGUUCUUGGAUUUGAAAAAUAAUCUCAUCCCCGAGAUACCGUACCUCGCAUUACGAGAGUUGAAACAAUUACGCACUUUAGACUUGGAGAGUAAUAAUAUCACUGAAGUUACUAACAACCCCGAAGUGAAAUUUACUUCAGAAAUCGAUCUAAAACUAAGUAAUAAUCGAAUCAGACAUAUUAAAGAUAACGCUUUUGAUAGCUUCCAGAAGUUUGGUCGACUAGAUUUAAGCUACAACCAGAUUUCGACAAUCUCCGAAGCUGCCUUCAAUUCAAUCAGUGAAAUACGACAAAUAGACUUAAGCUACAACAGAAUAGUACAUAUACCAGCAGCAACAUUCAAAAAUAUGGCCAAAUCAUUGAAAUGGAUGAAUUUGGAAGAGAAUCAAUUACAUCAAUUACCAAAUGCACUGCAGCCGUUACGGACAUUGGAGAUUUUAAAUAUGAAUGGCAAUAGAUUGACUAUAUUGGAUAACAACACGAUCAAUGACCUGAAAACAGUUUUAACCGAGCUUCUCCUAGCAUUUAAUCGACUGACUGAGAUACCAACCCAAGUACUGAAUGGGAUGAGUAGGUUACGGCAUCUCGACUUAUCGAAAAAUAGGAUUCGGUGUGUGCAACGCUUGGCUUUCGGAAAAUUUGAUGGCACCGGGACAAGUUUACUAAAGUUGAAUUUGGCUGGAAAUCUAAUCGAAAAUAUUGCUGAAUCUGGUGCUUUCCUCUAUAUGAGUUCAUUAGCAUAUCUCGAUUUAUCGCACAACCGUAUCAGCUACCUUAAUGAUAAUGCCUUUGAACGACUCGAGGGCCUCGAAACCCUUUUUUUGCAGAGCAACCAACUCAAUCAAUUUCCCAUCACUGCUCUUGGUAAUAUGAAACGGCUACAUUAUUUACUUCUGGACGAUAAUCCGAUAAGGGUUCUACCUGAUUAUGUUCUUCACGGUCUUCGAUAUCUGCAACGGCUAUCGCUCACCCGUACAGAACUUCUGCAUAUCACAGAUCGCACAUUCUCUGGUCAUUUUGCACCAAAUUUACGUUCCUUGAAUUUCGCUUUCGGCCACAUUGAUUAUAUUUCUACCGCAGCAUUCAAUGGAAUGGAGAAUUUGGAACAACUAGCACUUAACAACAACAAGCUAACAAGUAUUCAGACACUAACAUUUUCGUCGCUACGUAAUCUACGCCAGCUCAGUUUGGCAGGAAAUGCGAUCAACAUGACAAUGGAACGGUCAAUAACUGAUAUACCAACCCUAGAGAAUUUGUCAUUGGCUCGAAAUCGUCUGACGCAACUAAACAAAGCAACAUUCGUAAAUUUAAAUAAUCUGGAGCAACUCGAUUUAAGCUACAAUCAACUUCGGACAUUUGACUUUACAUUCUUGGCUCAAAGUCUGGUGAAUGUCAAACAUCUUGACCUAUCACACAAUCGAAUCAUUACGAUUGACUUGCACUCAGCAAAACGAACUUUGAUGUAUCUGAACCUAGCACAUAAUCAAUUACAAUCGAUCGGGAAAAAUAUGCUGUAUGAUUUUAGUCAACUAAAAGUCCUCAAACUAGAUCAUAACGAACUGAUUGAACUACACGGCAACGCAUUCGCAAUGUGUAGACGGCUCAGCGAACUCGACUUAUCUCAUAACCAUCUCAGGAUAUUGCAAAAAGGCAUCUUUGCAAAGCAGAAUAUUUACGACAGUCUUAUAUUGCGAAAUAAUGCCAUCAUUAGCUUGGACAUGGACACAUUUGGAGCCAAUAAUGUUCACAAACUUGAUCUCGCUUAUAAUGAACUCAAGAAAAUACCUCAACACGCAUUCAGUUCAAUUCAAAAUAGCCUUACUAAACUGAAUCUAAGAGGAAAUGGAAUCAAAUCGAUAAAUGCAUAUGAUUUCGAUGAUAUGGAGAAUCUAGCGGAAUUAAUUUUGGCCGAUAACCAUAUCGAAAUAAUUGAGGAAGCGGCAUUUUCAAAGAUGCAAAAGCUGAUAAAACUGGAUCUUAGCCACAAUCCCAUUACGUCAUGGAAUCCACACGCAUUCCGAGACUUGAGUAACGCUAUUAAAACACUUGAUCUAGCAAAUACAGGUUUAUUUUCACUACCGAAAAUUGAUAACCACGGACUUCGACUUCUGAAUAUUAGCAACAAUAAGAUUCAUGAAGUGAAUGCGGCACAUCUCAUCAACAAUCGAAAAUUGGCAACAUUAGAUAUCUCUUACAAUAAUUUUAAAAAACUUGAUCCAGAAAUGUUAGCCGAACUUGUUGAAUUGAAACAUCUGAAUAUUACCGGGAAUCCAGUUAUCACAAUCACGGAGAGACAUCUUCAAAAUCUAUAUAAUCUUGAAACGCUCAGAUUAUGCCAUAUGGAAAAGUUGCUUCGUCUACCGGAACCACAUUCGUUUCGAAACUUACAUCAUCUUCGAAAUCUUUACAUUUACAACCUUCCUAAUGUGCAGGGUUAUAACAUAUCAGAUAUCCUCAAACAUCUACCUCCAUUACGCAUUCUGGCUGUAGAAAUCAAGGAAACACGCUUAACAACGCAGAUGGACAGUGCUGACUUUAGAUUACUAAGAAAAAUUAUAAUCACCGGGAAACAGUUAUUUAAAAUCGAUACAGGUGCAUUUGCGCAGCUACGUGGUUACAGAGUAGACUUAACGGUACGUGACACCGGAAUCGAAAUAUUUCCAUCGUCCGCAUUCAAUACCUUAACUGCCAUUAGUUUCCUAUCUCUUUCACUACAGAACAACCACUUACAAACCUUCGAACCAUUUCCGCAUACCAAACCACCUGUGCUUAAUCAACACGGUACUAUAUUGUAUGAUCUACAACUAACGGGUAACCCGAUCACAUGUGACUGCAGACUUAAUUGGAUUGGUAAGUGGGUUGAAUAUUAUCAAAGUGUUAAUUCAGCCUACGAACAACCCCUCAAUGACACCUACUGCGCUGAUCAGGUCGGUGACAGUGCAACGCUUCAUAAUGCCUACUCAUCAACGGAUCGUAUAGUGUGCACAGCAGACAAUAUCACCGGCAGUUGUCAAUCAAUAUGUACUCUCUUUAACCUUUUAUUUCCACUUUUGUUGAUAAUUUUGAAUUAA